CUUCAAAUGCGUCGUGACGCCUCCGUGACGUCACCAGGCCCGGAAGUGAUGCAGGUCGUGAUAAUCCGUUUAUGAUGAUGCAAAAUGUCCCAGAACACAACACGAGCCAACAUGGGGAUGGUUUGAUCUGACUCUCACCUCGUGUUUUCAUACUCUCGUUAGUUGUAUUAUUGUGUUGUUGUUAUUUCUGGGACUGGGAGCGACAUGGAUCCGUCCAGGAGGAGCGAGAGUGACUGGCAGGGGCUGAUCAACGAGUUUGUAAUUUGCAAGCGUAAACUGGAGAGCAAGAAGGAAGCUCUUCUGAUUCUGUCGAAGGAGCUGGACACCUGUCAGCAGGAGAGGGAUCAGUACAAGCUGAUGGCAAACCAGCUCCGUGAGCGGCACCAGGGCCUCAAGAAGAAGUACAGAGAGCUCAUCGAUGGAGAUCUCUCUCUGCCUCCCGAGAAAAGAAAUCAAGUGAAUUUAGCUCAGUUACUCACAGACUCCAGAGAGAAAAGUCAUCAGCUUUCUGAGGAGGUGAAGGAGCUGACACAGCGACUGGUGGAAGCUCAGGGAGAUAACAAGCUCCUCCGAAUGACCAUCACCAAACAGAGGCUGGGAGACGAGGAGGUUGGAGUUCGACACUUUCCUGCACACGAGAGAGAGGAUCUGGUCCAACAGUUAGAAAGAGCCAGAGAACAGAACGAGGUGCUGGAGCUCAGUGUGAAGUCGCUCACUGACGAGCUGCAGGACGUUCGAGCAGAGCGAGACGUGUUUCAGCAGAAGGCUCAUCGUCUUAAUGUGGAAAUGAACCACAUUGUGGGAAAUGAUGAGAUUCGGUUUCUUGACAUUGAUGCACUCUGCAUGGAGAACAGGUAUUUGCAUGAACGCCUCACUCAACUUCAGAAGGAGGUCAACUUGCUCAAAUCAAAUCUGAUGAAGUACAAGAGUGCCCUGGAGUGUCGGAAAACCUCUACAUUCGGUGGCAAAGCGAAUAGCAGCGCUCUCACAGGAGUGCUCUCUGCCAAACAAGUGAAAGAACUGUUGCUCUCUGAAGAAAACGGCUGCAGUUUGCCGGUGACCCCUCAGUCCAUCUCAGACCUCAAGUCUCUGGCCACAGCUCUGCUGGAAACCAUCCAUGAGAAGAACAUGGUCAUUCAGCACCAGCGGCAAAUCAAUAAGAUUCUUGGAAAUCGAGUGGCGGAGCUGGAGAAGAAACUUAAAACACUAGAGAUGUCAGGAUUAUGGAGCCUGCCAGGCCUGACUUAUAAUGUGUCGUUGGGAAUUUAUGGUGGAAAAGAUGCCAUCAUCCUGAACCCUCAGCUGCCAGAGUCACCACAGUCUCCUGCACAGGAAGCUGAUACAGAAUCUGAGAAUAAACCUGCCGAGCAGCAGAGCUCCCCAGAAGUUCAAGACCAAGACAAUGAAAAACCAGAAGCAUCAGAUUUUCAGCAAGAGGCACAGCUGCCAUCCAGUGAGGAGACGUCCCCACAGAAGCCUCCACGCCAGUCGGUGGAUGAAGAGCCAGCCAGCCCUCAGACAGAAAAGCCAAACAAUCACACACAGAUCGCUGUGGAUUUAGAUGCUUUAACACAAGAAGAGGAGUUACUGAGUGAUUCUAUUCCCUCAGUGACAGAUGUGAACACGCCUCGUCAGUCAGACCACGACUCACAACUGAAUUUAGACGACUCCGACCCGACAGGAGAAGGAGAGUCGGAUGAAACUGAAACUGUCGAAGCUGAGUGUGAUAUUACUGAGGAAAACAUUUACGUUGCUUCCUCCUCCGCUGCCGCUGGUGAGAAACAGCAGGACGUCACUGCGCCAAACCAGCAGACAGAGCUUUCAGAUGAGACUGAUGUUUGUGUCGGUCAGGAAAUCUGACGGCUUCCAGGUUGCAGAGCAUCAGGAGAAAAUGUAACAACGGUAAUUACGAAAGAUGAAUUUAUAAUAUAACGAUAACUAAUUUAUUUUUAUUAAUAAUGGGAAACAAAUGUUAAUUUAGCUGCUAGGGUAAACAAACUGUCUAUAGUUGUGUUGUUAGUGGCCCAUGCAUGAAAGAUGAUUGUCUACAGUCCUGAUUUCACCAUUAUAUGUUUCUUUGUUUCAUCUAAAGACAUUUGUAGACAAAGAAAUGUGUCCACACAGUUUCACAACACUUUGAUAUUAUAUCUCUGUUAGAGUCCUAAGAAUGUCACUCAAGCCUGAGAAAUAAGUGAUUAUUUGACUUGUGCUUUCAUGUAUUCCAACCUUUCAACCUGAUGAAUUAUCAUACAUUACCAACAGAAUGUGAACAACCAAAUAUUACAAACAAAUGUGAUUCUUGAACGCCUCAUUUUCAAGACUGCGGACAUUAAAAUGCUGCUGUAAUGGCCUGAACUCUUCCAGGACAGAUUUCCACAAACCCAGCUCAAGAGAUUUAGCCAGAGAAUUUGUGAAAUUGGGCAAUAAUGUGGGAUUUUAUCCCAAAGUUUUUUUUUUAGGUCAGAACUCUGAAAGCUAUUCAUGUCCUAAAUACAGCUUGUUUAAUACCAGUUCUUUCUGGAACUCACUUUAUACUCAGUGGAUUUGUCAUGUUGAAACAGGAAAAACAGAUUUAUCCAAAAUGUUUGCACAAGUGUGGAAGCUGGACAAACUGUGUCAGAGGUGUGUAGUGAAGGAUCUGUGAAGUAGAAAACAAGGAAUGUUGCCGUUGAGGCAUGACGAAUUAGAAUUGUCUGCUUCCGAUUAUAAAAUUUCAGCCUUACUGUCGAUCAGCUGAGCUCUUUAGACUCAGAGUCUGAAUUUAAUCAACACAGAGAAAGAGAAUGUACUUUGUUUUAGUUUUCUGAAGAAGAACAAAAAUUGUGGCUUUCAGUUUUCCACCUCGGACAAUACUUAACCACUGAUUUAAAAAAAAAAAAACUGCCCCAUGUUAGUAACAGCUAUAUCAA